AUGCCCAAAAGAGCAGCUGAAGAGGAUCCUAGCGUCUCAAUUGGUGGCGUUGCCAAACAGGCCUCUGGAGAAGUCCCUCCAGCCACAGGCGAAGGAGUCGUAGAGAAAGAUAUAGACAUGGGCGACUACGAGGACCCAUAUGGAGACGACUUCGAAAGUGAUGGAGAGAUCAUCGAGCUUGACUCGGAAGGAGAAGACGGAAUGGAACAAGACGGCUCGUCUAACAAGAUAGAAGACUUGGAACGCGAGGAAGCCAGUGGACAACCCCAGCAGGAAAUAUACUUGCCCCACAGACUGAAGCCUUUGGGCCCCGACGAAGUGCUAGAGGCAGAUCCUACCGUUUACGAGAUGUUGCACAAUGUCAAUAUGCCUUGGCCAUGUUUAACGCUAGACAUCAUGCCCGACAGCUUGGGCAACGAGAGAAGAACGUACCCUGCGUCUUUGUAUGUGGCCACAGCUACUCAAGCGCAGAAGGCUAAGGAUAAUGAGUUGAUCACGAUGAAAUUGUCGUCUUUGGCGAAAACACUUGUUAAAGAAGAAGAUGAAAAUGAGGAUGAUGACGAUGACGAGGAAGAAGAUUCUGACCCUGUGAUGGUCUCGGAAACUGUUCCACUUAAAAGCACCACCAACAGACUCAGGGUGUCUCCACACGCUGCACAGACCGGUGAAUAUUUGACUGCAGCUCUGCAAGAGAAUGGCGAAGUGCUCAUUUAUGACUUGCUGCCUCAGUACAAGGCAUUUGACACUCCAGGAUACAUGAUCCCCAAGGGAGCCAAAAGACCCAUUCACACUAUCCGUGCUCAUGGCAACGUGGAAGGUUAUGGUUUGGACUGGUCUCCUCUUAUAAAUACCGGUGCGUUGUUGCUGGGCGAUUGCCUGGGCAGAAUUCACUUGACAAACCGUACCACAUCCAGUUGGGUCACCGAUAAGACUCCGUUCUUUGCAUCUCAGUCGUCAAUCGAGGACAUUCAAUGGUCCACGAAUGAGACCACUGUUUUCGCCACUGGUGGGUGUGACGGCUACGUUAGAAUUUGGGACACGAGAUCGAAGAAGCACAAACCUGUUAUUUCGGUCGAGGCAUCCAAAACUGACGUGAAUGUCAUCUCAUGGAGCACCAAGAUCUCUCACUUGCUUGCAUCUGGCCAUGAUGACGGUACCUGGGGCGUGUGGGACUUGCGUAGCUUUAACGGAAAAGACAAGCCUUCUCCAGUCGCUCACUACGACUUCCAUAAAGCACCAGUGACAUCGAUCUCGUUCAAUCCUUUGGAUGAGUCCAUCAUUGCCGUAUCUUCUGAAGACAACACUGUCACGCUAUGGGAUUUGGCAGUGGAGGCAGACGACGAGGAGAUCUCUCAACAAAGAAAAGAAGCCCAAGAGUUGCAUGACAUUCCUCCACAGUUGUUGUUUGUCCACUGGCAAAGGCAUGUUAAAGACGUCAGAUGGCACUCGCAGAUCCCUGGCUGCUUGGUGUCGACAGGUGGAGACGGUUUGAAUGUGUGGAAGACUAUUUCAGUAUAA